ACUGCAUUUUUUAAUCUCUGUUUUUAUGAUGGUCCCAAGGUCUUUUAAGGAAGGGGGUGGUGCAGGCACCGUAUAAAAGAAGCUGUCUUGAGAUUUCUAAAAUUUAUACAAAACCUUCCUAGGUAAGGAAACUUACCAGGUUUGCCACCUGAUGGACCCAGUGAUGGCCCCAGAAGCCACCUUGGCUUAUCCAGAUUAUUUCUAUGCCACAAGCCCAGAUCCAGAUAUCAAGGAGACCUAUUCUCAUGUUACUUAUACAUCAGUCUUCCUUCCUAUCUUUUACGCAGCUGUGUUCCUGAUUGGAGCGUUGGGGAACCUCAUCCUCAUGAGCGCGCUGCAUUUCAAACGGGGCAGCCGAAGGCUCAUCGACAUCUUUAUCAUCAACCUGGCUGCCUCUGACUUCAUCUUCCUCGUCACUUUGCCUCUCUGGGUGGAUAAAGAAGCAUCUUUAGGACUGUGGAGGACAGGCUCUUUCCUGUGCAAAGGCAGCUCCUACAUGAUCUCAGUCAACAUGCACUGCAAUGUUUUCUUGCUCACCUGCAUGAGUGUGGACCGCUACCUGGCCAUCGUGUGUCCAGCCACAUCCAGGAAGUUCAGAAGGAGAGACUGUGCAUAUGGAGUCUGUGCCAGCGUCUGGUUUAUCUCCUGCCUCCUGGGGUUACCUACUCUUCUGUCCAGGGAGCUUACCCUGAUUGAUGGUAAGCCAUACUGUGCAGAGAAGAGGGCCACUUCAAUUAAACUGGCUUGGGCCCUGGUGGCCUUGAUUUUUACAUUCUUUGCCCCUCUGGUGAGCAUUGUGACCUGCUACUGUUGCAUCACAAAGAAGCUGUGUGUUCAUUACCAGCAGUCGGGAAAGCAUAACAAGAAGCUGAGGAAGUCCAUCAAGAUCAUCUUUAUUGUGGUGGCAGCCUUUGUCUGCUCCUGGCUACCCUUUAAUACUUUCAAGCUCCUGGCCAUUGUCUCCGGGUUGCAGCAAGAACUCUCCUUUUCCUCAGCUUUUCUCCAGCAGGGCAUGGAGGUGACUGGGCCCUUGGCAUUUGCCAACAGCUGUGUCAAUCCUGUCAUUUACUAUAUAUUUGACAGCUACAUCCGCCGGGCCAUUGUGCACUGCUUGUGUCCUUGCCUGAAGAACUACGACUUUGGGAGCAGCACCGAGACAUCAGACCUCACCAAGGCUCUCUCCAACUUCAUUCAGGCAGAAGAUUUUGCCAGAAGGAGGAAGAGGUCUGUGUCCCUCUAAAAGGGACAGUUACAUUUCAAGUUCCUUUGGUGGAUUGGAAAGUGCAUUUGUGUCAGCGACAAAGAAAGGAGUAUUGCUCAUAGUAUUCAUAUUGCUUCAUAAAAACAAGAAAGAGUUAAUCUUUACAGGGAAGACUAGAAAGUCCCUAUGUCUGUGGAUAUAUAUAGGCCAUGCACUGGUUUUUUUUCAGCUGAGUGGCCUUAUUUGACCCCUUUCAGUCAAGUUCACCAGGCAAAAUACAACUCUUGUAUGUCCUUGAACUCGGAGGUAAAGGCUCUGGCUUGGACCAGUUCUUUCUUCAUGGUUGUCAACCUACACUGCGGCCUUUUCCUAUCUCAGGAACCACAGUACCUUGAGCUACACCAUCCUUCACAUUCGGCUUCAAAGUGGACAACAUUUAAAGGAUUCUGCCCACUUACAUCUGGUGAGCAAUGUGGUGAUCACACAGGUAGUAAAAAAUAUAAUAUGCCUAUGCUCAGCAAUUCAUUGCUCCUGAGUAAUGAAGUGGAGUUCUGGCCUUAAUCUUUAGAACUUUGUAUGCUGAUUCUAUAACAUCUUCCAACACUGUCUUCACCCUAUACCACUCACAAUGAUGUUGGGCUGGCAAAAAACUCAUGGGGGUUAAAUCAUUUUGUACUAUGUGUAUGAUACGGGACUUACUUUACCACUCAGUCUUCAGUAUUUUAAUGAGAAAGCAUAAGACAAGAUUUGAUUUAUAAGAUAUACUUGUAUGGUAAAAAUGUAUCUCAUUAUAAUUGUGUAGUAACUACUUUUCAAUGGGGUUUGGCUGUGGUCUUUGUUUUCAUUGCCUUUAUAAAUUAGGAUAUGACUUUUCUUUAAUUACAUGUUUUUAAUCACCCAGUUAUCUAGUUAUCAAAUAAAAACAUUACUACCACUAUAAUUAGAAGUCAUCAAAUGCUUAACUACACCCUCGUGCAGAUGAUCAUUUUGUAUUUUAAUUAAAACAUUAGUGCUACACAUUCUCUAUAGCAUCAUUUGCUUGGUGUAUGUAAUUUCAAGAUGUGAUCCAAUAACAUAGGAAGACAGGAAUCUUUGUAUUCAGCUGAAGUGAAAAAUCCAUAAUAAAGAUGUUACUGGUAUCUUAUAUACAUUUUUCCAAGCCCAGAGACCUUCCGGAAUUCCCUCACCUGAUAAAUAUUUAUUGAGUCAUUUUGUACUUAUAUCCCUUUUAAAGAAUUUGAAGUGAAAAAUGUAAUUAGCAGCAACCACAAAGGGCUUUGCAGCAGCAAACCUACUAUAGUAAACCUCUUCUGAUUCAAGAUAAAGUGGGUUAUGUUGUUACCCUCACUGUUGACUCAGAUGAAUUACUGCUUUACUUCUAAAUAUUGAGUUUAAAAAUCAGGGAAAUUAGCAAUAUUGAGCAUUUUUUCAUGUGCCUAUUGGCCAUUUGUAUGUCUUCAUUGGAGAAUUACUUGUUUAGGUCUUCUGUCCAUUUUUGGAUUGGGCUGUUUAGGUUUUUUUGUUAUUAAGUUGUAUAAGCUGUCUAUAUAUUCUGGAAAUCUUUGUCAGUUGCAUCAUUUGCAAGUAUUUUCUCCUCUUCCAUUGGAAAGCAGGUGGGAAGGGAUAAAUUUGUCAGUUUGAUAUUUGCAAAGGUUAACCACCAUAUAUAAAAAUAGAUAAAAAGUAAAUUUAUCCUCUAUAGUACAGGGAAUUAUUUAAUAUUUUAUAAUAAUCUUUAAUGAAAAAGAAUAGGAAAAUGAAUAUAUGUAUAUAUGCAUGACUGGGACAUUGUGCUGUGCCCCAGAAAUUGACACAUUGUAACUGACUAUACUUAAACUAAAAAAAAAAAAAAUCAUAGAAAGCUGAGAAUCUUUUCAGACACUAGGUAAUUCAAAUUCAUCCUAUAUAUCUUUCAUAUUAGGAGAAAUUUCAAAUAUUGGGUAUCUUAUGUUACAGUCUAUUUAGAAGUUUUUGGUUUUAUAAAUUGGUUAGUUUGUUCAUUUGUCUUAAAUUUUUGUUAAAUAAAAAUAUGAUUUCCUCAUAUAAGUAUUCUUCUAUACUGUAUUAAUUUCUAUUAACAUAUUCACUUAAUACUGAUAUUCUAACAGCCUUUUAAUAUAUUAUCAUAGAUAUAGGAAAAAAAGACUGUAGAAGUCAUU